UCCUUCAACAACAACACCUAGUCAGACACCUCGGUAGCAUUCGAGCAAACAUAGCUACAAGAUUCACGCUCUUUACACUGUUUUGGUGUAUAUUAGUCGAUGUGUUUGAAACACACUUCUUUUGUUUGUACUUGUUGGCCCAUUUAAUUAUAUAUUUACGUUGUUUGUCAGCUAGCUUGUUUGCUAAGUUAUCUUUGAACUAGGCUAGUCGCUAAUGCUAGCUAGCUAACAUCCCCGACCAUGAGUUCAUUACGCUACUCUCCUCCUGCUAAUGAAGAGGUCUGCUGGACGGAGAAAGAAGCUUUCGUACACUGUUUUGGUGUAUAUUAGUCGAUGUGUUUUAAACACACUUCUUUUGUUUGUACUUGUUGGCCCAUUUAAUUAUAUAUUUACGUUGUUUGUCAGCUAGCUUGUUUGCUAAGUUAGCUUUGAACUAGGCUAGUCGCUAAUGCUAGCUAGCUAACAUCCCCGACCAUGAGUUCACGAAGUUACUCACCUCCUGAUAAAGAAGAGGUGGUCUGCUGGACGGAGAAAGAAGCUUUCGUCAAAGAGGAGGAGGAAGAGAUGGAUGUUACAAUACAAAAACAAGUAGAGGGUGAGGCUGUUACUGUGAAAGACGAAGAGAAAGACGUUACAGUGAAAGAAGAGGCAGACCCGUUCAGAGUGAAAGAGGAGGAGGAUAUUACAGUAAAAGAAGAGGAGGAUUCCGUUUUUGGAGUGAAAGAGGAGGGGGAGAUGACUAUCACAUUGGAAGAAGAAGAGGAGGUUGGAGAUCUGUUUAACACCAGAGAGAUACGGGACUAUCGUGGAUCCUCUGGGGAGCCUCAACAACCUCAUGAUGCUGACGAGGCAGAGAAGAGUCCCUCCAGACCAGAACACCUCAAGAAACACCUGCAGAGAUCCACAGGGAAGAGAACUCACUGCUGCUCUGACUGUGGGAAGAGAUUCACCUCAUCAGGCAUUAAAAUUCAUCAGAGAACACACACAGAAGAGAAGCCUUAUAGCUGUGUUCAAUGUGGGAGGAGUUUUGGUCAAUCUGGCCAGCUGACUAAACACCAGAGAAUAGACACAGGAGAGAAACCUUAUAGCUGUGUUCAAUGUGGGAAGAGUUUUGGUCAAUCUGGCCAGUUGACACAACACCAGAGAAUACACACAGGAGAGAAACCUUAUAGCUGUGAUCAAUGUGGGAAGAGUUUUGGUAGAUCUGGAGAGCUGACAGUGCACCAGAAAACACACACAGGAGAGAAAUCGUAUAGCUGUGGUCAAUGUGGGAAGAGUUUUGCUGCAUCUAGCACUCUGACUAUACACCAGAGAACACACACAGGAGAGAAACCUUAUAGCUGUGGUCAAUGUGGGAAGAGUUUUGGUCAAUCUUGUCAUCUGACUCAACACCAGAGAACACACACAGGAGAGAAAUCCUAUAGCUGUGAUCAAUGUGGGAAGACUUUUGGUCGAUCUGGAGAGCUGACAGUGCACCAGAGAAUACACACAGGAGAGAAACCUUAUAGCUGUGAUCAAUGUGGGAAGAGAUGUACUACAUCUGGCUCUCUGACUCUACACCAGAGAACACACACAGGGGAGAAACCUUAUAGCUGUGAUCAAUGUGGGAAGAGUUUUACUACACCUGGCAAUCUGACUCUACACCAGAGAACACACACAGGAGAGAAACCUUAUAGCUGUGGUCAAUGUGGGAAGAGUUUUGGUGGAUCUGGAGAGCUGAAAGUGCACCAGAGAAUACACACAGGAGAGAAACCUUAUAGCUGUGGUCAAUGUGGGAAGAGUUUUGGUAGAUCUGGCCAUCUGGUAUCACACCAGAGAACACACACAGGAGAGAAAUCUUACAGCUGUGAUCAAUGUGGGAAGAGAUUUGGUCAAUCUGGAGAGCUGACAGUGCACCAGAGAACACACACAGGAGAGAAACCUUAUAGCUGUGAUCAGUGUGACAAUAGAUACUCUGAUAAAAGAUCUCUGAUCAAACAUCAGAAAAUGCAUACAUGAAGGAAUUGUUUCAUGAUAUCAAUGAAAUUAUGUCACAAUGUAGAAUGUUUUAACAUUGUAGUAGGAGUAUUUUAAUGAUGUCACAAUGUAGAACCCUAAACGUUUGUCCCCUGUUCUGUUGAUUUUAGCCUGAUAUGGAUAUUAGCCUCAGAGGAGAUAAAUCCAGGCUCUGAAUUGAAAGAGUACUAUUUAUGAUAUUUAACAAAAAGUGACUAACAAGAAAAGAGUUGUGUUCCACUUACCACGUUAGUGACCCACUUGAAUCAAAAUGCAGCACUUCAGAAUGUAGUGAUCUGUUUUCUACAAAUUGUCCUCUAACCAGGGAUGUACACAUUAUUCCCAGGUUCUGUGUGGUUUUUGAGCUGUUAGUUUUAAACAGGACGUACAACCUCAUCUCCCUCCUGUCGCACAAUUGAUUUUAGCAUGAUAUCGAUGAGUGAUGACAAAUAAGUGUUGCGUUCCUUUGUUUAGCGACCCCUACAUUUAAAUGCAUCACUCCAAAAUGUAGCUGACUGUCUUCUGCAGGUUGUCCUCUAACCAGUGAGGUAAAUGAUAUCUCCCAUUUCCAUGUGUUUUUUUAGUUGUUAGUUUCAACAGCAAGUACAACCUGAUUUAACCCCUAAUCGAUAUCAGUGAUUUAUUGCUACUUGUUAAAACAACAGCGUUUUUGGUGCUUGUGUCCAUGGUGAGGAUAACUUGGUUUCUGAUUGUCUCAAGGUUGGGCAGUCAAAAAGAUUUGUGUUUUGUGUUUAGCCAUUACGUUCCAUGGAUCACAAAUUAUUUUGACUUUCCGUAUUAGAGAUUAGUUUUGUUUGGGCUCGUUCCAAGGAGACGAGAGUUAUAGAAGCUAGUGAGUUUUAGGAAGAGAAAAAUACACGUUAUUUUUCUUGUUUUUAAUUGUUGACAGCCAGCAGACACCAUGUUUAUAUUGGUGAAGGUGAAGCAUUGUAGUUGUUUAUAAUGUGAAAUGGAAGUUGUUUUCUGUUGGUGGUGAGCAUUCUCUUAAUUAAGGUGUUAGUCUUUCGUUUUCCCAUUUAUGUGUUGAGGUUGGACUUUCGUGCAUAUAGCUCGUUAGCACGUAGGGCGCACUGAUUGGUGUCACCUCGUUAGUCAAUAUGUGUUACACCUGUGCUGGCUUGUCCAUCUCGUUUGUGGGAAGGUGUUCCACCUGAGCUGGUCCAGGUUCUAUUUAAGAGUGUCUGGCCCAGUGCUCCAGUUGUCUUGAUAGAUGUGGAGAGUCAACACCUUUAGUUGCUCCACUUUUUUGGUUUGCUUCCUGUCUGUAAGUUUGGUGUGGGGGUUUUACUUUUGUUUGCCUCAUCUUGGGCAGAUUUAGUGGGUCUUAUGGUGGGUGUCUUUUAUGUCCCAGUUGUUACUAGUAAACUUUCAGUGGACACAGAGCUAAACUGCAACAUUAUGUUAUAAUACUUUUAUUGGAUCAAAUGGUUGUUUUAUGCAACAGAAUAGAGAGUUCUUAGAACUAUUGUGUCUGUGUUCUACUGAGGAUGGGCCUCUGAGAGAAAACAAUGACAGGAGAUUUACAAUGUCUUUUGGGUGAUAUAACCUAAAGAGACCGCAUUCCAGAGCAUGAGUUAAUGUUUCUGUUCUAUAUGGUAUCAGGGAGAGAUGACCUCAGGGCCAGACCCUAGUCUCUACACAAAGAGUACUGUUUUUACAGCAGAUACUGUCUGCUAUGAAUUAUAAGUAUAUUUCAUACUAAUUUUAACCUUGUGACCCGUUCUAUACGUCUAUUGUUGGUCAUGUAGGUUGAAAGGGGUGUGUCUUGGCUAUAAAAUACCUUUGUACUUUAAUCUCGUGGCUCUCAAAGAGUCAUCUGGGGGUGAUUUGCCGACCAGCCGUCAUUAUCGUAGAGCACUCAAUUGAUUCACUUUAUAUUUGUGUGUUGUAUUGACCUGCUCCCUUAUUAUUAAGU